ACCAGAGGGAUCCAGACCACCUACAGAUUAAAGAGGAACAGGAGGAACUCUACACCAGUCUGGACCAGGAGGACCCAGAAUCCUCACAGAUGAAAGGGGAACAGGAGGGACUCUGCACCAGUCUUGAAGGAGAGCUGUUUAUGCAGAAUCAGGAGCGUGAUACCUUUAUAGCAACUCCUACUUAUAAGGAAUGGGACCAAGGUGACACAGAACCAAACAGUUACCAGCUACUCUGUCACAACUUUUUUGUAGAUGAGAGGUCAGAUCAGGAAAGAAGCAAGCAUGGAGACUUAGAACCAACUACAAAUGCAGAGCUGAAGCAAACAACAACACAUCACAAAAACAGCAGUCACAGUAACAAUGUAGACAACACUCCCGUGGCUGAGAGUCACUGUGAAACUGACACAGGGAAAAAGACUUUCACAUGUGAGGUCUGUGGAAAAGCCUUUAAAAAUAGAUACGACAUGAAGAAACAUUACAGCAGUCAUACAGAUGAGAAGCUGUUUGCUUGUAAGUCAUGUGAGAAACGUUUCAGCAAAAGAGCUCAGCUAAAAGUCCACAUGAGAACUCACACGGGUGAGAAGCCGUACUCUUGUACAACCUGCGGGAAAAGUUUCAGUGAGGGAGGUACUUUGACAGUCCAUAUGAGAACUCACACAGGUGAGAAGCCGUACAUUUGUAACACAUGUGGAAAAAGAUUUUCUGAGAAAUCAAAACAUAAAAGGCACACAGCAAUCCACAAAGAGGAAAAGCCAUAUUCUUGUGAAACUUGUGGGAAAAGUUUCUGUCGUCAGGAUAUCUUGGUGCUUCACAUGAGAAGUCACACAGGUGAGAAGCCGUACUCGUGUAACACCUGCGGAAAAAGUUUCAGUAAAGGAGAUAAUUUGAAAGUCCACAUGAGAACUCACACAGGUGAGAAGCCGUACGUUUGUAACACAUGUGGGAAAAGAUUUUCUGACACAUCAACACAUAAAAGGCACACAGCAAUCCACAACGAGGAAAAGCCGUAUAACUGCAAAACCUGCGGAAAAAGUUUCAGUCGAGGAAGUAGUUUGAAAAUCCACAUGAGAACUCACACAGGGGAGAAGCCGUUCUCUUGUAAAACCUGCGGAAAAAGUUUCAGUAAAGGAAGUAGUUUGAAAGUCCACAUGAGAACUCACACAGGUGAGAAGUCGUCAUCCUGAAACAUCUGUCAAAAAAAGCUAUUUAAACAGGUUAAAAGUUUUAAAUCAGCUUCCGACUGUGCCUCAACAAUAAUUGUGAGGAAAU